AUGCAAAAUGAGUUUAAAAAAGUGUCUCUCAGUUCUAGUAGAGACUUCAGUUGGGCUUUCUUGAUAGACUGGAUAUUGAUCCUGUGCGUGUGUCUUUUGGCAGCUUUCUAUUUCGGAAGAGCUUUCGGAUUCACCACUACUGCAUUACUAGAAUGGUUCGUCUGGAGACGUUAUUCCGUUAAGGUACAAAUUCAAUCGCUGAAGAUAUCUUUCCUUGGCGGACGUGUGUUCUUCAAAAAUCUCACCAUAAUCACGGAAAAUCAGACCGUAUCCUUUUUGAAUGGUAGUUUGACGUGGCGAUAUUGGAUCUUCAGCUCAAGACAAACACCACUCGAGCGGCAGCAGAACGGGGCUUCAGGAAGCGACUCCAGAUUAUGCAGGUUCAAGCUUGAAUGCCAAGGUCUGGAAUACUUCAUCUACAACAGAACUCAAGUUUUCAGUCAUCUGUGGCAGUCUUUCUCCAAGACCGAACAAGCUCGGUUCAGACAAUUUGAGGGAUUUGGCGAAGAUCAAAGUUCGUUUCAUAAUACGUCUUCAUCCUCGUCGUUCUCUAACCUGGAUUCAUCAAAUGCCAAAUCAGAUACAAUUUUGGAGCCCGCCCCUCAGCCUUUGCCUUCCCUGCCCGCGUUUUUGAAGUUUCUUCCGCUAGAAAUUGCCGUACAUAAGGGCGCUCUUGUGGUUGGGAAUAAAAACACUUCCUCCAUCUUGGUUGUCAGCUAUGACAAAUUGGCCGGUAUCGUGGACGUGGGUCAGCCAGAUUCGCGUCUUGAUCUCUAUAAGUUGCAAACUAGCAAUAAUUUUGACAACUUUUGCAUUCGCCUCAAGCCCAAUCUAGGGUUUCAAGUGGAGACACCUUCGAUUCCUUCGAAGCAUCCGGUGAAGCCCGAGAAAGUCUCUAAGCUAUGGCACAAGGGCCUAGAUUUAUUAAUGUCUGCCACUAGUGGCAGGUUUAAAGAGAUUUAUCAAGCCAAAGAAAGCGCGUUUCAAGCCUUACAGAAUCCUUUUGAAGAUUGGAAAGGCUUAUCACUAUACCGCAAAGACGAUGACUCUGCGUGGGAUGAUACUUUCAAAUUUGACGUCUCUAAGCAUCAAUAUGCAAGGUACAGCAAGAUCAUGAAAUGUGAAAAGUUCGUCGUCGAUUAUUCGUUCGACGUUCCUGGCGUCACUCCACGAAUAGAAUCAGCAACAGCAGAGUCCCCGAGUAAAGCUGAGAUAAAUGACGCUAAGUUGUUGGAUCAGUCGCCUGACUUCUCUGUGGACAUGCAGCUGUUUGGAGGUGUAAUACAUUACGGACCUUGGGCACAUCAUGAAAUACUGCCCUUACAAAUGAUGUUUUCGCCAGUUGUUUCGAGGGACAGUCAGCCACCACGGGCCGCAAAAGCUGGUGCGACACGACUUUAUACGAAGGCCAAAACAUCAAUCACUGUAAUGAGCUCCAGUAUUUGGCGUUUACCAACAAGAGAGCCCAGUAAGGAUUUGGAGUUUUUGAAAAGAUACCGAGAAACACAAGACGAUUCGAGAUCAUUCGGCUGGCUAGAGAUCCUACUCGCCAAAGGGUCUGAAGUGACUUUCGAUCUCGCGAUGACUCCAAAUUCAUCCGGCUUUGAGAACUUUUUGGACCUGCACCUUGUGAAACCUGAGGUGCGAACUAGUGUCAACCACGACAUUUUGUUCAGCGCUGACAUGCACGAUAUUCAUGCCGAAAUUGGAUACCCACUGGGCUGGAACCAGUUGGCUUUUUGGAACUUUAAUCUCACUUCAACUCAAGCGCAGCUAUUUAUUCUUAAGGACCACGUUAACUUAUUGGCUGACCUGCUCACAGACUUCGGAUCAGGCGAGCCUCUUUCUUACGAUCUGUUUCGCCCGUUUGUCUACAAAUUCAGUUGGAAAUUUGAAGGGUACUCCAUCUAUUUAAAUGUUAAUGAUGCCAAUAUUGUGAACAACCCAGUGGACUUCAACGAAAACUGCUAUCUUUCUUUCCACGGCGACGACCUACAGAUCGACUUCAGUGUGCCACAAACCACCAUAGCCGGAAAUAGCACGACCAUAGACUACAGCUUGUUCACAUCCUUGUUCCGGCUCCGUAUCAACACGCCCUCAUGGAACACCCUUCACGAAUUUAUGAAAGACCAGGAAGUGGGCAGGUCUCACGAUUUUACCAUCAAUGGUUCCUACUUAACUUAUUCCAAGCUUGAUGUCGACAAUAUCGACACAAUUUUGAUAAACUGCCAUAGCAGGAACACGACUCUGAAAUGCUACGGCUUUGUCAUAAGAUUUCUAAUUGGAGUGAAAAUGAACUAUUUCGGCGAUUUCGUUCACUUCAAGACGACUGAAGAAUACAUGGAGGAACUCAAAGGUGCGGAAACGGGAGUAACCACGGCCUCGGCAGCGGUAGAUGACUUCAUGAAGGUUAUUGAUCCCAGUGGUGAAAAACGUGCAGACUCAUCUCAGGUACUCCCAAAGGAAGUUUCCGUUCAACGAAAGUUUUCCCUCAAGCGGCUGAUUAAUGAGAAAGAUGUCUGGUUCACAUUCAUAGUGGAAAGCGGAUGCAUAAUAUUGCCGGCCCAUCUAUACGAUUGCGAAAACUGUUUUGCCUUCGAUUUUGACCAUCUCAGUAUCGACAUCCGCGAUCUUAACUACUAUAUGGACUUACAGACUGCAUUGUCUCCUGUCAAGAUAACAAGGCUCAAGGAUUGCGAUUCAGAUGCAGCUUUCAACCGCGUGCAGCAUGAAAACGCUGAUCAAGUACCUGAUGGAGUCAUCUCAGAACUUCAAAUACACGCACAUCGGCUGUAUGGGCUGCCACCAAGUGAAGAAACAUACGUAUGCAAGUGGGACUUUUUCAUUGGCGACAUUGAGAUGUCAUCGGACCUCUGUUUCCCGUUGCAACUUGGAGCAGCCAUCAAAAAAUUCGCAUUUGGUUUCAAGGAUUUUGAAAAUAUCAUGAAUUACAAGCUUGAGGACGUUCUUGACCUAACUUCUGUCACUUUAGUUGUCAGAUCGAUCAAUUUAAGAGUGAAGAGUAUCUCAACCCGCCAUGUGGUUGUAGUCCGUGCGAACGAGCUGCUAGCAACAGUUGUGGAUCUUGAAAACGACUCCUAUACUUGCAGAGCUAACAUCGAAGUGCCCGCAUUGUCUGUCACAGUACUGGAAGAAGGCAGCGAAGAGAGGCCAGUUGUUCGUUUCGAGUCCUCGCUUGACGUCACAAACUUCGCACAAUUAGAAGAUUUCCUAUUGCAUACGCGACAGCAGAAAGCACAUAUUGCCGCCAACGACGCACCAUUUCAUCGCUGUCCAUUCUUACUACCGCUAGUCAUUCAAAACUCAGAAGUCUACAAUGAACUUUUAGGCUGUAUACCACCUGGCAUGUCCAUACCGACGUUGACGGAGCCGUUGCAUGCUGAAAACUGUGAUCAAUUUUUGGACAGAUUUUUAGAGGGCGAAGACGUCGAAGACAUCGAAAGGCCUAUCAAGAUUAGAGAUUGGCACAAAAACGGCUCACGUAUAGACGACAGCAACUAUCGCCAAGAAGUAUCAUCAGCAGAAGAACGGCGUGGAAACGAUGCUGCAUCAAAUUUGAAGGCCAACAGUAUAAUAGUGAAUCUCAAAAAAGCAGGGCUGCGGCUGGACCCAGCAGGCUUUGUCCUUGUUGAGGAUUAUAUGGGGAUACUUUUUUCAGACUCGGUCGAUCAGAUUAUUGAUGACAGCGAGAUCGACACUGUUAUGCACUUCCUCAAACAAAACCACGCGGCUGGAUUUAUGGAGAACGUAAAGAUAUUUUGCCGUGACUUCAAGUUGAUACUUGGUGAAAUCGAUAGCAAAACACGCUCUUCAUUACAGCUGGAAGUUUCAGUGAAGGGCAUGAAUGUCGACGGAAGUACUAAGAGAGAAUUGCAAGAAGAUGAUAAAUCGGUCGAGUUGGAUAACCACGAGGGGAGCUCGGCUUGCAUCAGAUUCAAUUUCGCAAGCAUUGGAAUACUUGAUACUUCUGGACGCCUUUCGACUUCAAAUGACGAGUUCCUCCUAUACUCAUCCAUAAAAGGUUUCGAAGCUUGGUAUUCAUCGUAUGACUGCGGAGUCAUUUCUGUUAAUAUCCAAUCUAGUGAUAGCUCUAUAAAUCCGACCACAGUGGAUAAAUUGUGGUCCUAUCUUCAAGAGCUAUUCCAGGAUCUUAGCACCCUACAAGCAGCUUCUUCUCAAUACAUCAGUUCGAGGAAAAAUGCACAGAAGGAGUUUUUUUAUCAGAUUGCGAAAGCUAGUGAGGAAUAUCAUAUUGUGCACGACCCUCCUGUUAUUACGAAACCCGCCUAUAUUACUAGACUUCCAGAUCAACACGUUAGGGAAGAUAGGACUUGGAAAAUUAUCACCAGGUUGCGUCACAUUUUGAACUAUCUUCCAGCGGCGCUAGUAUCUGAAAUAUACGGUAACAUCAAGGGUUCUGAUUUCAAAGCACCAGAAAACGCUGGAGAACUGUUUCUUAAUGUCUUCUCUAAAUGGAGGAGUUGGGAGUUUUCUGAUUUGGAAAAAGGUCUAUUUUAUGAACAUUCAUUUGGUAGUAAAGAGCCAACCGGGAUUAAGAUAGAAAAUGCUGAAUUGCGUUUCGACGUCAGUACGUUUUCGCUAACCUUGUCCAAAAACGUAAACGAAGAUGGUGAUGCUAUUACUCUUAAAGAUUUUCGGCUUUCAAAACCGGCUACACAAGGGAUCACCCACGAUCGCAAAGAAGCUGAGAAGAAAUUUGAGAUCGAAGGAGGUGCACAGCAUCUCACAGCCUCAGUCAAAUUGGUCAAGGCGUUUGCUAGCGAAUCGACCAUGAAGCUAGUUUUAAUGAAAAACUCUUCCUCAGCGUCGCAGUCUCCCAGUACAGCACAUGUUAGAGAAGGGAAAUUUUUGCAGUUGCUUCAAAUUGUUUUACUGAUAGAUCGCUGUGAACUUCAGCUAGUCUCAGGAAUCACGAAAUUGAACUUCAAAUCCUUUGGAAACAGUUUAGCCUUGGCUUUAUCUGAAGAAGCUCAGGGUUGUUCUGCCACGACAAGCUGGUCAUGGUUCGAACUAGGAGUGCGGUACGGAGACGCCAUUCUUUUAGACGUUUUUUCUCGGCACGGAUCAGUUGGUGCUCUGCUUUCUUUGAAUAGCGACGACACUCCGUGCCUGGUUGACGCUCAAUUGCGGAGCUUACGAGUAAAGUUGCCUUCUCCUUCUACUGCAUACAACGAAUUCAUCAAAUCGGAAGGGCCGUUGGAUGCGCUGAUCGGAUCUAGAGUAAAUUAUUGGAACAAUGCAGCAUUCCCACCCCAUGCGUUGCAAGAGCCUGCUAGCUCAAAAAUAAUCUCUCAGAUAAACAUUGAAGAUCUUUCCUUCGACGUGUGUGCUAUAUCGCCCUUCGUGAUAUCGAAACGCGUGCAAAAGCUAAAUCUAAAAGUGAAUAUGCUUUCUGGAAGAGCCGUUGAACUGACGUCCGAAGGGUUCGAUUUGUCGCUGGGCAUGGUAGCUGAUGCUGAUCAGCAAAUAAAGUUUUCUCAAUCGAAGUCCGAGUUGAAACUCAGCGAAACUCUUUCACGAUCAAAGAAGAUUUACUCAAUUUCAGUAGAUUCUGAGAUUUCAAAGAUCAAGUUUUGUGCACCUGAAAAAUUGGUGAGUAUCUUAGCAAAUGGGUUCGAUGUCGCGAAAAAGAGUUCAGCUGAGCUUUUCGAGAAUAUUAAACAAAUGGAAUUGUUUAGGGACAACGCGCAUGCUGUAAAGGAAACUCCAACAGUACAGCUGCUGCCCGUGCAGUAUGCCAUAUCUCUUAGAGCGAAGUACAUGGGUUUUCUUCUUCCAUUGAAUUCGACAAGCUACAUUUUUGAGCUAAACGAAGUGUCCUCCACAGUCGCAGCCCGAAGCGAUGGAUUUGAAAGCUCGAACAUACGAAAUCAAUAUGUUCAGGGGAGAUUUUCAAUCACAAGCGUCGCAUUCUUGAUGAAUGAUAUUGCACUGCCCGAAAACCUGUCCAAAGUCCUCGACUUUGGCGUCAGUGUGAAAGUGGACCAAGAACCAGAAAACGUUCAAUCUCUCGAAAUAGAAAGCUCACACUUUCGAGUGGCUCUUUGCCCGAUUUCACUCGUCAAGAUUUUGGCUUUGAGUAAAGAAUUUUCGGGGCUUGGUGCCAGACUUGCUCAAUACAACUCAACAAAAAGCGCAGAACCAGACACUUCUGAUGAAAUCUUUAAAAUGUUGAGCAGUAUAAAGUCAAUCCAUUUCUUAUCAUACAACUUGUGUUUGGGCUGGAUAUUCAACGAUGAGGAGAAGACUCAUCCAGGCCUCAUAUGGGGAUACCAACGGCUGUUCGCCGCACACGAGUGGCCAUUUGGAAAGCUUACGAUUCUGGACGCGUACUUUUCCGUCGCGAGAGGUUUUGCUGCAAAUAACUUCUAUGCCCUAGAAAGUGAACUGGACAAACCGAACAGAAGUUUUCUCCCAAGUACGCAGCUCGGAUAUUGGUUCGAAGGUGAAGAGGCAGCCAAAGAUCUGUUUGUAAGGAUUAAUGGGGAACAGCUUGAUGUGAGCUUUCUGUCAAAGUCAGUUUUAGUAGCAGAAGGAAUGUUAAAAUCUCUUCAGGCGUUCGAAGAGCUGAAAAGCCUUUACUUGAGCUCCAAUACAAAUUUCAAUGAAACACCAAAAACCUUUAGUACUUCAAAAGGCUUACAAUUCUCAGGCUUUUCGCGUCUUAGAAGCUUGAACUGCAGAGCACGUUACGCCGGAGGCGUUUUCAAGCUUUACUCAGAGAAAGAUCUCAGUCUAGGCCUUCACCCUUCUUUCCAAGUGGAAAGCCCAUCAGUCGAAGUCGUUAUCGAUUACAAGUUCAAUCCUUCUGAGGAGCGCUCCCACAUCGUUAGAUCGUUUGUGCAUGUGGAAAAGUCUCACAAUGCUAUAUUUCCCUCGUGCGUUCCCAUUCUAGGAGAAGUGAUACGGGACAGCAACCGCGUUAUGAAAACUUUCAGCACAUUUCCAGUUUCUGUUCAAAGGCCACAGAUGCAGGAGAGCGUCGACUACAAGAGUUUGUUGAAAAAAUUCGACAUAUCCUUCCAAGUCCACUUCGAUGAGCAGUCAAUCACAUUGAGCUGCGAACCCAAAGCGAAGGUUCAAGCAGACGUCGGAUUCGAAAAUUUGGUGAUCAGUGUAUUCACUAAUACUUUGGAUCAUCUGAGACCGGUGAGCUUUGCUCUUGAUAUCAAAAAUGUUACUGCCACCUCCCGACACAUAUUUUCGAGGGAGAUCAGCACCUCCAUAAAGAUAGAUCAUUCAACAGUUGUCUUUCUUCUGACUCAUCCGGAUGUCAUUACCACCUAUGGCGUCUUACUUGUUCCGAAUAUCGAUGUCUUCUUCAAUUUCAAGCAACUCCAGGAUCUCAAUGUUUUCAUCAACAUCUGGAAGGUGGACAGCAAAGUUCUCUCCCAGCCUGAAUCUGACAAGAAUAAGACGAACAUCGUGGCAGAGAAAUCUCUUGCCGCGAAGCAUAAAAAACUCGCUUCGAGUAGCUCACUCCCUUGGAGCUUCGUCACAAUCAUCUCCAAAGUCAAGGGUAAGAUCGAUCUUGGCGUCUCUCUCGGGAUUUUAAGUUUAUCUACGGACUCUUUAUGGACUAUCACAGAUCACUACAAAGGCUGGACUCAAAAGCUGUACCUGCAGCUUGAAAGAGUUUCCCUCUCAUCCGAUGGAAGACUAGGCGGGAACGUUUUAUUACGAGAUUUCAAUUGGAAUUCACGAAUCAGUUGGCCAAUCCGUGGUGGUAUUUUCCAAAACCCUUUGAUAACCCUUGGUGUGACGAUAUCAGAAUUUGCAGUCAAGUUAUCCUUCGACUAUCACCUAAUUUUGAUUGCAAGUUUAGAGCACUUCAAGAUAAUGCUUUUCAAUAAAAGAGAGACUGGUGGUUUGCUCAAAGACUUUCUGUCUGUGUCCUUAAGUUGUGGAAGUACAAAUAUAUUUGCGACAGCAUUAGCUGCCGCCAAUAUCCUCGAUGUGUACAAUACAGUACUGAGGAUGCGGAGAGAGAACAGAAAGUCUUAUUUCGAGACGUUAGGCGACUCAAAUACAAGAGAUACAGAACGCCCAAGCACGAGCCGUGAAAUAUUGGACUCGCUCAGCUUUUUGCGGACUGACUUAGAGGUCAGAAUGGACAUUAUCAACACUCAAAUCUUCCCCAAUACGUUGUUUGACAUGGAAGUUUUAACAUUCCGAGCUGCUGAUCUUGUCACCCGGUCCGAAAUUGAGGGUCAUGAGAAGCUAAAGAGUCAACUCAAUUGUCAAGUUCAUAACGUCAAAUUUGCCCUAUCCACUUACAAAAAUCAACUGAAUGAAAAGGUGGCAUCGCAGAUCGGUGUCAAAGAAUAUAUCAAGCAUGCUGCAAAAGCACAAGGUGGAACAAUCUUGGUCAUUCCCGCUAUCUUGGUAGGAAUGACAACGUGGCAUGAUGUGGCAACUAAUGUUGUGGAACUGCUAUACAGUAACAGCUUUGGUGGAAAGAUAAGUGUGAGAUGGAACUUGGGGUCGAUUAAUUUUAUAAGAGAGAUGUGGGCUACUCACGUCAGGGCUUUAGCACUCAGAAGAUCUCAUGAUGAACAACCGAAAAGUCUUUUCGAAGACGAGCAUUUGGAAGAUAAGUUGAAAGACGUCGACUUAGGAAGCAAGUAUACUUAUGUUCCCAUAGAAGAGCCCCAUAUUGAAAUUCCACAGACAAGGGAUCUUGGCAAUGCGACCCCACCCAUUGAAUGGUUUGGUGUGAAUAGAAAGCAUUUCCCGGGAAUGACUCACCAAGGAAUAAUUAUACCACUACAGAAUCUCGCCCACAUGGCUGAGACCGAAUGGACUAGAAUAUUUGGUCGGGCGUGA